UCAAUGCCCUGGCCACUCACUUUCUGAUGUUGCACGACGGGAAAUGCUUUGAAUACUUGCGACAUGGCUGCGCGCAUUGAUUGCCAAGAUUGACAGCAGCUCUACCCAUCGUCUUCUCUUGUCUGAGAGAGAGAGAGUGAGAGAGAGAGAGAGUGAGAUAAAGAACAGAUAGGCGAACAACAAAAGGUACUUGUAGUUUUGGACAGCUGAACUUCACAGAGAGUGUGCGGGAUCUCCUCAUAUGGCCCCGUGUGAGCAGACUUAAGUUUUCGCUCAACAGAUAGCCCCAGUGAUCAUUUUCUACAAAGUAUAGCCGAGUCUAGCUGUCUUUACGCACGGGAAAGGACGCACAAUUAUCUUCUCCCCGGCUGAGAUCAUCAAGGAGUAAUCUGCGAGUGGAUCUCGGGGUGACUUGAGGUUUUUGCAAGACUGAGAAAGACAGCAUUUCCCACCUGGACUCAGCAUAAGAUAUAGACUCGCUGAAGCUGAUGUGCCAGUCAUUUACAUGAAUUCAAAAUCAACCUACCAGUGAUCGCUGGAAGCUGGGGAUUGAGUCUUUCAGUUUUUAACCCCACACGCUGACAUGGAGGGCUUUCUUCGUAGCAGCUUUUUACUGAGCAGAGUCAUGUCUUCCAAGCAAGCCACGUCUCCUUUUGCCUCUGUGGUUGAUGGAGAUGACGCCAUAAGCCAGGAGCACUUGUCUUGGGAGAAAGAGGAGAGUGCUGAGGCCCAUUGCACACCACAGCUGCCGCUGCACAGCCUGCUCCAUGGAAAAGCCCACCCCGAUGAAAUGCAGCCGCUAAGCAGUGUGCCAGAGAGUGACUGGGACAGCCUGGUGUCAGCCCAACAGCGUAUGGAAUCUGACAGCAAUAAAGUAUGUUCCCUCUACUCCUUCCGGAACAAUUCCACUUCCCCGCACAAGCCUGAGGAGGGGGCCCGGGAGCGAAGUGACCUGCUGAGCGGAUCAGCGUUUGGAACUCCUGAGCGCCGCAAAGGAAGCCUGGCAGACGUAGUGGACACGCUGAAGCAGAAGAAGCUGGAGGAGAUGACAAAGACAGAGCAAGACGAAUCCUGCAUGGAGAAACUACUUUCUAAAGACUGGAAAGAGAAGAUGGAGAGGCUCAACACCAGCGAACUUCUGGCAGAAGUUAAAGGUACUCCAGAGAGCCUGGCAGAAAAGGAACGCCAGCUCUCCACAAUGAUCACCCAGCUGAUCAGCCUGCGAGAGCAGCUUCUGGCUGCCCACGACGAACAGAAGAAGCUCGCUGCCUCACAGAUGGAGAAACAGAGGCAGCAAAUGGAGUUAGCUCGUCAGCAGCAGGAGCAGAUUGCAAGACAACAGCAGCAGCUUCUACAGCAGCAGCACAAAAUCAACCUCCUCCAGCAGCAGAUCCAGGUCCAGGGUCACAUGCCUCCGCUCAUGAUCCCCAUUUUUCCACACGACCAACGCACUCUGGCAGCAGCAGCCGCCGCCCAGCAAGGCUUUCUCUUCCCUCCGGGAAUGUCUUAUAAGCCAGGUGAUAACUACCCGGUGCAGUUCAUUCCAUCCUCAAUGGCAGCUGCAGCAGCGUCAGGACUCAGCCCCCUCCAGCUUCAGCAACUGUAUGCCGCCCAGCUUGCCAGCAUGCAGGUCUCUCCUGGAGCCAAGAUGCCUCCACUCCCCCAGCCCCUCAAUGCGAGUGGGCCCAUUUCUCCCUCCUCUCUGAAGAAUGACAAGAGUUCCUCCAGCCCCAUCACUCAAGUCAAGGAGGAAGGAACACAGCCGCUCAACCUUUCUGCUCGGCCAAAGACGACGGAACUGGUCAAAUCCCCGACAUCACCAACACAAAACCUGUUCCCCGGCUGUAAAAGCAGCCCAAACAGUCUUGUCAGCAAGGGUGGUAUCCCCAGCCCACUCGGAGGCGGCCUGGGUCGAGGCUCCUCUCUGGACAUCCUGUCCAGCCUAAACUCUACCGCAUUGUUCGGGGACCAGGACACGGUGAUGAAGGCCAUCCAGGAGGCUCGUAAAAUGAGGGAGCAGAUCCAGAGGGAACAGCUGCAACACCACCAGCAGGGCAUGGAGGCAAAGCUGUCCGCCCUCAGUUCAGUGGGCCUCAACAACUGCAGAGUUGACAAGGAAAGGGCGCAUUUUGAGAGCAUUGGGCACCACCUCGGCAAGCUGGGUGAGGAAGGAAAGAUUGGCCACAGAGUUAUUGACCUCACCAGGCCAGAGGACCUUGAUGGAGGUGCUGGAUCUACUGAGGCACGCGUCUUCAGGGAAUCCCGAGGAAGGAACAACAACGAGCCCCACAUUAAAAGGCCAAUGAAUGCAUUCAUGGUGUGGGCCAAGGAUGAGCGGCGCAAAAUCCUCCAGGCUUUCCCCGACAUGCACAAUUCCAACAUAAGCAAGAUUUUAGGUUCUCGGUGGAAGUCCAUGUCCAACCAGGACAAGCAGCCAUACUACGAGGAGCAGGCCCGUCUGAGUAAGCUUCACCUAGAGAAGUACCCAAACUACAAGUACAAGCCACGGCCCAAGAGGACCUGCAUUAUUGACGGAAAAAAACUUCGCAUAGGAGAAUACAAGCAAAUGAUGCGCUCACGGCGACAAGAGAUGAGGCAGUUCUUCACUGUGGGGCAGCCACCACAGAUUCCCAUCACCACCAGCGCCAGCAUGGUCUAUCCCGGGGCCAUCACCAUGGCGACUACUACACCCUCACCUCAGAUGACAUCAGAGUGCUCGAGUGCCUCAGCGAGUCCCGAGCCAUCCAUUCCUGUCAUUCAGAGCACCUACAACAUGAAGCUGGAGCCCAAUACCAUAGCAAACAACAGUGAGCCCGUCAAUGGCGAGGAUGAGAUGGACAUGUACGAGGAUUUUGAGGAUGAGCCGAAAUCAGACUAUAGUAGUGAAAAUGAGACACAAGAGCCAGUCAGCGCCAACUGAGGCCUCUUUAAUCGAAGAGGCCAACGCAGACACAACAGUCAUUCAGGAGGACGCCCGGGGGCUGGUCUGAUCUGAGGGAGGGAAAGAGCAAAAGAGAACAAAACUACACCACAAAGGUUUAAAAAAAAAAAGAAAAAAAAAGAAAAAAAAGAAAUGAUGAUAUAUCAUUUAUGAGCCAGCAUGCAGAUGUGGCUUCAUCAGAAUCAAAAGCUAUUUGGUCUUAAGUGUUUCUUCAAGUGUGUGAAGCAGUUUGGUUGUGGUAAUUAUGAUUUUUUUUAAUCUCAUUGUUUAUUUUUUCAUUGUGAUCAUGGACAUUUAAACAAUAUGGUUAUUGCCUAGAACAAAAGAUGGAACUUGAAAUUGAGCAUUUGAUAUGAACCUAUAAUUCUUACAGUCAUUUACCGUGUUUUUCUCUUCAAUUAGAUGAUUUUGAUAUAUUACAUAACUGUUCAAGAUGGGAAUAAUAUUCUCACUCAGGUAUAGUGUGCCAGCCAACAGCUUGUGAAUGUUUUUAAUCAAGAGUAAAAUAUUACCAGUACAAAAUAUCUCAAAAUUCACAUGGAGUGAUUCCAACGUAUUGCAGAGGCAAAGUAACACAUUAUCAUUAUUAUUAUUAUUAUUAUUAUUAUUAUUAUUAUUAUUAUUAUUAUUAUUAUUAUUUGUGGGGUUUUUGUUAUUGUUAUUACACAAACUGCAUAAUUUAGUGCAGAAGUGCCAAACAUUUCAAGUUGUUUCUAAAUUCUGUUAAGUGUUUUGGGAGAGGCUUUGUGAGUCUUAGACAAUCUCUUGAUCUCUUAAUGCAGCUUCAUUAUCCAGUCUUUCUCUAAUUUACCCUAACAAAAUAAACAAAUAAAACUCAGGAACUUGUAGGCAGCAGGCUCUUCAGGAGGUUAUGUGACAUCUUUGGGUGGUAGCUUGUAAUGCUAGCUGUUCUCUGGGGAGCCCAAUGCAGUGAUCAUCGAUGAAACUGGCCAGCCCUUUCAUUUCCUUAUCCCGGCCCACAUUGGACUGCCCAGUGCUGUGGCAUCCUUCACUCAUUUCCAGUUCUACAACCCAGUUUGACUCACCAAGUUCUUAAUCUGAGUGAUUGUAAUCAGGCCAGAACGCUGAAGGGCCAAAGGCCUCCAAUCUGUGGGAUUGGAACAGCAGCAAAAGGCAGCUUUGGGGGCAUUAUAAUCUCAAAUUGAUGUUGUACAAUGUGUAGCAACAGUACAUUCUGUUAAACGCUUUAGCCCCAUUUGGAAGGGAAGUUUAAAGUCUUAGGUCUUAGAACGUCAUUUUUUCCAAUCUUAAUUCUUUUUAGACAUUGUAAAUCUUAAAGUGACACUAAGAAGUCUUAAAGUAGAGCACGGUCAUUGGGUUGAUGCAAUGAGUUGAUUACUGCAGUAGUCUUAAGAGGAGUGGCAGUUUAUGAGUAUAUUUCUAAACAGAAAAAGGCUAAAAUCAUAUGUUUGUUUCUUAAACUACCCUGUCAUGUACACAUGACAAAGGCAACUUAAAACACUGAUUUUUGCAAUAGUGCACUUAUGCAAAUUCUCAUUAUGUCACCUUUGAGCCUUAUUUUGUUCUUUUUAACAAUCUUAUCAGCUUUUUGGAACACACUUAUCUCUUACAUUUAAAAAGACACACGCGUGCAAUGACUCCGACACAAGGGGCACAAAUUCUUUAUCCUAUUUUCAGCUAAAAAGAUGACAAGCGUUGACCUUCUUGAGACUGCAGAUAGAUAAAGCUCCUCACAUGGGCAAGGCCUUGAUUUUGAGACUCAGAUCCUCUUUACAGGGCAGAAGGUCUAAGUGGCUCCCCUCCCUGCCAUGCCCUGCUCUGACCCCUGCCCGUAGCAACCUCAGCACCCAGGGGGCGCCAUCUGGCUCAGAGAAGGAGAAAACACCAGGGAAGGGUGAGAAACAAUAAAAAUGGGGUGUGUGUCCCUCAUUGUGCUCUCCAUCAAAGUGCUGGAAGUAAGGCCUCAACAGGGCUCCCACCCAGGCCCAAUCACCAGGCACUGGCGAGCAGAUGGAACAAGUACAUCAAGCUGUGGGGGAUUAUUAAAAUGACUGACGACUGGGUAUCAUCUGAAAUACAGCAUUAUUAAUGCAUGAGUCCAGCUAUUCCCCUCCCUUGCCCUUGAACCUGUCCAUUUCAGAAAACGCGCAGAGCUUUUUGAAGGAUCUAAAUGGCUGGUCACUGGCUUUAACUGGUCAAGAUCCCCACUGCUGGUCACUGCAUUUUCUCCUAACUAAUUGGUACAGAUGGCUCUUUAUAUCUCUUUAGUACUCUUAACUCGUGUACUCUUAUUGUCAGUACCCAUUUAUCGCAGGCUUGCAUUGUUUCUACUUUUGGAAGCAUUUAUAUUAAGUCUUUUAGGUUUUUUUAACCGCAUUAAUAAUUCCUUUUUUUUCUUUUCAUCACAUCUUUUCUACAUUGUUCUCAUUUUGAGGUACAAAUUAUUUCAAGGAUGCUCUCCUACAAACAACCCAAGUGGAUUUCCCUCAAAGUCAACCUGUUUUUGCUCCUGUUUGCUGGUGGUUAGAUUGAUUUGUAUGUGAUUGUAAAUAUUUUCAUGACCAUGCCACACAGAUUUAGUGGGCUGGUACUUAAAAAGGACUUCACGGAACUGAAACUUGACUGUGCUUAUACAGCGAAAAAAAAAAGACAAAAAAAAGACAAAAAAAGAAAGAAAAAAAUGACAAACAAGAACUCACGAGGAGACAAUGUUUCAUAAGUGUUAUAAGCACUGGAUAUAAAUUGUAUUUUUAUCAAUUCUGAUUAAUGUGAAGCUGUUUGAGGAAAAACACCAUGAAUUAACAAAAUUCUCCAGUUGGACUCAAGUGGGUUUGCUCUCACAGUUGCCAGAUUUUAGUCAUUUUUUUUGUCUACUUAUUUUGUUUAUUUAUGCAAAGACACAUGUGAUGAAUGAACACUUUGUUUAAGCUUCAGGGCUGCCUAGGGGAGAGACUCGGCACAAGAAAGUGAGCAGAAAAUUCAACAGCAGGCUUGGUUAGCCGUGAAACACCAGACUUCAGACUUCAGUGCAUUGCAUAUUGUUUUUGAAACUGUAGAGUAUCAACAUAUUGUAUUUAUUAUUAGCCACUGCUGGCUCUAAAAUUGUCAGUAAAAAAAAAAAACAACAAAUGGACAAUCAGAGAAAUAGAAAAAAAAAAAACAUGUUUGAUGAA